CCUGAUUUGUUUAUCACAAAAAAGCAGGAAAAAUAGAGGAUUUAAAUAAAUAAGCGAAAACCGGACGGUGCUAUUACAACAUUUAUUAGUAAAAUAUUAAUAGUCGCGGCAGCUAAAAGUAGACAUUCUUUUUGUUUACUAUAUGACCUAGGCCAAACGAGCAGAUCAGCCAAAAACACUAAUAUCAAUCAGCAAUUUAAAGUUUUUCACAUGAUAUGAAUUUUGGAGAGUGUGUUCGUAAGCAAUUUGUAACUUGCCCAAUCGGUUAUUUUGUUAAGUGUGUGUACUUGUUUGUUUUGGUCAUUUUUAAUACAUACACCUAUUGACAAUCAUCUUAAAUCGCUUUCGUACUUUAUUCAGAAAGUUGUCUAUUAUUAAUUAAAUGAGAAAUUUCCGAAUAGUUUUCAUUUUCAACUCUUCGAAGUUGAGUUAUUUUAUUAAUUGCAUUGUUUUUACGCAAAUCGGAACUAUUGCGAUCGAAAAAUAAUGUCAAACUCCAAUCACAAAAAAGGCUUGCACAAUGAGAAUACAAAUGUGAAUACGUCGUCGGCAUUGAAAUGCCCUAUUAACAUCGCUUCUGAUUAUUUAAAUGUUAAUCGUUUAAAUGCUGGUGGAAGUGCCUCAUCGGCUCCUGGAUUGGGGGAGCCCGGCAGUUCGCCCAAUAUGGAAGCAAUGAGGGAAUGGUGGCGUACGAGAAGUUUAAAUGCCCCCUCACCAUUUCAACAAUUCGGGCCAUGCGGACGCAUAAUGAAGAAUCCAUCUAUGGUUAUGCAAAUUCAAGAUCCUGCCAGUCAACGUUUGACGUGGUACAAACCUCCACUCGCUGUCCUGGUAAUCAAAAAGAUGGGCGAUAAAGAUGUACUGGCACCUUUUGUGCAAUUAGUCGAAUGGUUGGUGCAAGAAAAACAUAUGGUUGUUUGGGUGGAAUUGGGAGUAUUUAAUGAUCCAAUAUUAAAGAAAGAUCAAAAAUUCCAAGAUAUCAAAGAGAAAUUGGUUACAUUCAAAGAUGGCCGGGAUGAUCUUACGGGUCGUAUAGAUUUUAUUGUCUGUCUGGGCGGUGACGGCACCUUAUUGUAUGCGUCGCUAUUGUUUCAGCAAUCGGUGCCGCCGGUAAUGGCUUUUCAUCUAGGCUCGUUGGGUUUUCUUACGCCAUUCCAAUUCGAUAAUUUUCAAGAACAAGUCACUAAUGUCUUGGAAGGUCACGCUGCUCUUACUUUGCGGAGUCGUUUGCGUUGUGUCAUCUAUAGAAAAAGUGAAAAGCAUAAAUAUUCCGAUUUACAGAAACAGCAAUACGCCGUCAACUGUGAUUCAACAACGGAACUCGAAUCUGCAUCGGCCUUCGAGCAUGAAAAUGCUUUAAAUAAAUGCACAAUACGGCAAGCACCAUCAGAGUUUAUGGUCUUAAACGAAGUGGUAAUCGAUCGUGGCCCGUCUUCUUUUCUUAGCAACAUUGAUCUCUUUCUCGGUGGAAAGUACAUUACUUCGGUGCAAGGUGACGGUUUAAUUGUAUCGACACCGACCGGCAGUACAGCUUAUGCUUUAGCAGCCGGUGCUUCUAUGGUCCAUCCUUCAGUGCCAGCCAUUUUGGUUACGCCCAUUUGUCCGCAUUCGUUAAGUUUUCGUCCAAUUGUUGUACCUGCAGGCGUUGAACUUGAAAUUUCAGUUUCUCCGGACAGUCGCACUACAUCGAAAGUAUCGUUCGACGGCCGUAAUACUCAAGAACUGUUUCAUGGCGAUCGCUUGCAAGUGACCACUUCUAUUUAUCCGGUGCCCAGUAUAUGUGCUCAAGAUCAAAUUUCCGAUUGGUUUGAUGCGUUGGCCGAAUGUCUACAUUGGAAUGUGCGCAAAAAACAAAAAUGUUUAGACGAACUAUCUGAUUUAACAGCUUCCGGCUCAGAGGAUACUCUAGAUGAUUUUGAGCGCGGUUCAAAUUCCAUUUUGGAUGGUUAAGAAAGUCUUAAAUUCAUUUAGAAACCAGGAAGAUUGAGUGUCUGAGUUUUAAUUAAGUCGAAAGACAAACGCUAAAAAUAACAAAAAUAACUGUUGCCAAUUAGUUUAAUUCUUGUUUUUUUGUAUAAAUAAAAACAAAACAAAUAU